AUGACUGCAGGCACAACUCUAGUUACCAACUGGCCCGAAUCAUCAAGUGCGUCGGACAAUGAGAAGGGUAACGAAACCGACCGCUCACAACCCGGCGGCGCAUCACCGACUACAACACCAACUCCCUUUGAGUUUGAUGACCCUAAAGGAUGGAUCGCAGUAGCAGCAGCGGCUUGCUCUCUAUUUGUUUACCUAGGGGUUAUCUAUUCCUGGGGCAUCAUGCAAGUGAGACUUGUCGAAGUGACCGGAACUAGUCUCACAACCUUGACAUUCGUCGGAUCAUUAGCAACCUCGUUCAUGAUUUCACUCAGCAUCCUUUCUGGUAUGGCAGUCCGCAAGCUUGGAUACCAAAAGACAGCAUUUGCUGGCGGGCUGUUGAUGGGAUUGGGUGAGUUCCUUGCUAGCUGGACAACAAAGCAUGUUGGAGCUCUGUUUGUCUUCCAUGGUGUGAUAUUCGGGAUCGGCGGAGGUCUAUCUAUCUUUGCCUGCUCAACCGCCCCUCUGAGAUGGUUCAAGAGACACCGAGGCCUCGCCAUGGGCAUCGUGUUCGGAGGAGGAAGUCUUGGUGCCGCUAUCAUGAGCAUAGCAACCAAUCUUCUUGUCAAGCAAGUAGAUGUUGCAUGGACAUUCCGUAUUCUUGGAUUUAUGCUUUGGGGAGUUUGCAUACCAGCAUCUUAUUUCAUCCAGCAACCUACCGGAUCCGUGAACGCGGGAUUGAAGUUACAAUGGUAUCGGUUCAAAGAACCUCGGUUCCUUCUUAUCAUCGGCGGCACAGCGUUGUCAUGCUUUCCACUGUUCAUCCCACCAUAUUUCAUCCCAAUUUUUUCGCGAUCAAUGGGUUACUCGAAUCAGAUAGCCAUUGUUAUACUUGCAUCCUGGAACCUCGCUUCGACUGUUGGGAGAGUCUUGGGUGGCUACACAGCCGACCAUCUCCUUGGUCCACUUAAUAGUCUGAUUGUCUGCCUGCUUUGCAUCGGCCUCAGCUCAUUGGUCGUCUGGCCUCUCGCAUCGAGCGUUGGUAUCUUCUCCGUUUUCCUGAUCUUCAACGGCAUUGGAUGUGGCGCCUUCUUUAGUCUUGUACCCCCAAUGCUGGGUGCGACAAUGGGUCCUGAGAAUACGCUUGGUAUCCUGCCUAUCGUUUGGACUACUUGGUUUUGUGGCUUCUUCUUCGGUACUCCUAUAGCCUCUGGUAUCUAUUCACUGUCGGGAAGCGAUGGCGAUGAGGAUGUCUCAACCUUUAGGCCGGCUGCCUACUAUGCUGGCUGCAUGUCUAUGGUAGGGUUGUGGUUCAUCAUUCUUAUCCGCCUUGGUAUUUCCAAGCGACUUCUCGUUUGUGUAUAA